AUGAGCAACGCCACUGUUGAUCUCGUUGGAAGCAGCUCCUGGAUCGGAGCAGACGCCUACGAUCCAGGCGACGAGCUCCACGAUCGCGCCCUAGCAGUCCUCGCCAAGCUCAAUUGGGAUCACCUCUUGUCCAUUUCUUCAGCCCUCAAAAAUGGAGUCCCUUGCACUUUCAGCCAAAACUUCUCCACCGGCCACUUCAACAUGGUUCGCCGCAUUGACUUCACCGACGGCACCAGCUGGGUUGCCAGGGUGAGACUACCAGAGCUCCGCACAGUUUUCGGCGACCGCGAAGCCCUCGAUGUGGCCAGCACUCUCAGGGUCGAGGUUGCCAGCAUGAAGUUCUUCAAGUGUGUUCGAAUCACAGCUUGGGGAUGGAGUCGUGCUAAUAGGAAGUCACAAAUAAAAAGGGCCAAGACCUCAAUUCCCGUCCCUGCAGUUCAUUCCUACAGCGUUGAUGCAAGCAACCAGGUUGGCGCCCCGUACAUACUCAUGGAUUACAUUCACGGAACUGUCGCGACGGAGUUGCGAGAUGCAAAUGAAUAUGAAGGUGGACUCUUCGGCACGCCAGACCAAGAUCUGGCUUUCAGAACGCAAAUGGCUGAGAUUCAAGCAACGCUAUCCUCCUUCAAGUUCCAUGAGAUCGGAGUCUCUAUUAUGAUGAAAAGACUUCCGAAUUCUUCAUCGGCCCAGAGACAGAGACCGGCAAGGGACCUUGGAAUUCUGCUCUGGAGUAUUACGAUGAUCUCUCAAACCAUGCUCUUCAAGUCUGCGUACAUCAAGCAUCCCUCGACGUCCAGACAGCUUCUUCCUUCGCAAACCCGAUCUUGUUCAAACAUCUCAUGUCCCUGUACCGUCAACAAAAGUCCGAGAAAGAGUCGUUCAGCCUUGUGA